GGUGCAGUCUUCUCUGCCCUCCCAGUUAUCAAAAAAACAAAAAAACCUCCCAAAAAAAAAAAGGAAAAAGAAAAAACCCUAAAAAAAAUAAAAAUUCAAUCUUUAGAUUUCCCCUUUUCGUUUAUAAACCAUAAGUUUUAGUCAUAACUUUCCUUUUAAUCCACAUUCUCCACCGAAAAAUCCGAAUAUCCUGCCCCCAUUGUUCGUAACUCUGUUAAUUAACCCCCCCCAGAGAGAGUCAAUAACAAGGAGGAGGACUAAAUCUCCCUCGGAAAACAACAAUCCUUCCGAAAUUAGAACUAAUGGCGCAGACUCAGGCGGUGCAGCAGAAUUUGUCGGCGGCGGCGACUGGCGGAGCGAAUGGGGCGGCGGGAGGACAGUUUCUGUCGACGUCUCUGUACGUGGGCGAUUUGGAUUUCAAUGUGACGGACUCCCAAUUGUACGAUCUGUUCAAUCAGGUCGCCCAGGUUGUCUCUGUUAGGGUUUGCAGAGACCUCAGCACUCGCCGCAGCCUGGGUUAUGGUUAUGUCAACUACAGCAACCCCCAGGAUGCUGCAAGGGCUUUGGAAUCGUUGAACUUUGCUCUACUUGGCAACAAGAAUAUCCGAGUGAUGUACUCGCAUCGGGACCCAAGCAUCCGAAAGAGUGGAACUGCAAAUAUCUUCAUUAAGAAUUUGGACAAAGGAAUUGAUAACAAGUUACUGCACGACACCUUUUCAACCUUUGGGAACAUCCUCUCGUGCAAGAUUGCGACAGAUGGCAAUGGCCAAUCGAAGGGCUACGGAUUCGUACAGUUUGAUAGUGAAGAAGGCGCACAAAAGGCCAUAGAUAAGUUAAACGGCAUGCUUUUGAACGACAAGCAAGUGUUUGUUGGUCAUUUCCUCCGUAAGCAGGAGCGAGAUAUUGCGUUUGGCAAGACAAAGUUCAACAAUGUAUUUGUGAAAAAUCUUGCCGAGUCUACUACAGAUGACGACUUGAAGACAAUUUUCGGCGAAUAUGGUGCAAUCACUAGCUCUGUGGUGAUGAGGGAUUCCGAUGGAAAGUCGAGAUGUUUCGGAUUUGUGAAUUUCGAAAAUGCUGAUGAUGCUGCUAAAGCUGUUGAAGCUCUCAACGGGAGGAAAUCUGACGACAAGGAGUGGUAUGUUGGGAAAGCCCAAAAGAAGUACGAGAGGGAGCAAGAACUGAAGAGUCGAUUUGAGCAGACCGCUAGGGAAGCCGUCGACAAAUUUCAAGGGGUUAAUUUAUAUAUUAAAAACUUGGAUGAUAGCAUCGAUGACGAAAAGCUGAAAGAGAUGUUUUCAGAGUUUGGUACUAUCACUUCUUGCAAGGUUAUGCGGGAUCCGAGCGGGAUAAGCCGAGGGUCUGGAUUCGUUGCAUUUUCGUCUCAAGAAGAAGCUUCUAGAGCACUUACCGAUAUGAACGGGAAGAUGGUGAUUAGCAAGCCACUGUAUGUUGCGGUUGCACAGCGUAAAGAAGAUAGAAGAGCAAGGUUACAGGCCCAGUUUUCACAGAUGAGGCCUGUUGCAAUUCCACCGUCGAUUGCUCCUCGUAUGCCGAUGUACCCUCCCGGUGCUCCUGCUAUGGGUCAACAGCUGUUUUACGGUCAAGGUCCUGCCAUGAUUCCUCCUCAGGCUGGAUUUGGUUAUCAGCAGCAGCUUGUUCCCGGAAUGCGCCCUGGAGGUGCACCAAUGCCGAAUUUCUUUAUGCCGAUGGUCCAGCAAGGCCAGCAGGGCCCACGUCCAGGUGGCAGACGAGGACCUGGCCCCAUGCAACAAACUCAGCAGCCUGUACCGCUCAUGCAGCAACAAAUGGUACCAAGGGGUAGAAUGUACCGUUACCCUACAGGUCGAGACGGGCCCAUGCCAGGUGUCGGUGGAGGAAUGCUUUCCGUACCAUACGACAUGGGCGGCAUGCUUCCUCGCGACUCUGCUCCUAUUCAACCGCAACAGCCUAUGCCAAUCACCGCUCUCGCAACAGCACUUGCUAACGCAACUCCCGAACAACAGAGGAUUAUGCUGGGGGAAAACUUGUACCCACUGGUUGACCAGCUGGAGCACGAGCAUGCAGCGAAAGUGACGGGGAUGCUUCUGGAGAUGGACCAGACGGAGGUUCUGCAUUUGCUGGAAUCGCCCGACGCGUUGAAAGCUAAGGUUAACGAAGCUAUGGAUGUUCUUAAGAAUGUUCAGCAGCAGGCUAGUAGCCCUUCCGACCAACUUGCUUCUCUCUCACUCAAUGAGAAUCUUGUUUCUUGAAGCUGUCUCUCUCUCUCUUGAGUGUUUUAAGUGAUUACAGAUUUGGCUCUGCCCAUCCGAGUCAACUCAACUCGUUUUGCUAGUGAGGGUACUAAAUUUUGGUUGAUUUUUUUUUUUGACUUUUAGGUUUUUGAAUUUGACUUUUCUUUUUUGGUUUCCAAAUACUUUCAUUUAUUUAUUUAUUUAUUUUGAAAAUGGUAUUCAUGUUUGUUUA